GUCGGUGAACAGAUGAAUUUACCUCGAAUUUUGAUGAAAUAAUCAGCUUAAAAAUCUCGGCAUCUUCCAAAUGAACACUUCUUCGUAAAUAUCAGAGACUCCUUGAUGGAGAAUUUGCCAUGCCGCUCCCAAAGAAAAUUCCUCGAGGUGGAAAAUCCAAAAGUCAAGAUGAAGGCCGUGUGUUUGCAAAUCGCUACCGUAUGGAGAAACGACUUGGAAGCGGCAGCUUUGGAACUGUUUACUUGGUGGAAGACAUGAAAACUAAAGGAGAAUGGAAAGUGUUGAAAGAAAUCUAUGUUGGUGAGCUGCAGCCUGAUGAAACAGUUGAUGCCAUGCGAGAGGCCAGAUUGUUGUCCAAUCUUAAUCAUCCCAACAUCGUAAAGUUUUUGGACAGUUUUGUCGAUGGAGAAUUCUUUUGUAUUGUUACGGAAUAUUGUGAGGGAGGUGACCUGGAUGACAAAAUCAAGGCUUGGAAAAAAGCUGGGAAGAGAUUUGACGAGUCAUUAAUUUUGGCCUGGUUUAUACAGUUAGUGUUAGCUGUCAAAUUCAUGCAUGAACAGAGAAUUCUACACAGAGACUUAAAGACAAGAAAUAUUUUCCUCAAGAAAAACUUGAUCAAAUUAGGUGAUUUUGGUAUUUCAAGAAUUUUGAUGGGUACAUCAGAUAUGGCGACAACAUUCACUGGUACACCGUACUACAUGAGUCCUGAAGUGCUGAAACAUGAAGGAUACAAGUACAAGUCUGAUAUAUGGUCUAUGGGUGUGGUCUUGUAUGAAUUGUGUAAUCUACAACAUGCUUUUCAGGGUGAGAGUCUGAUGGGUGUCAUGUACAAAAUUGUCGAAGGAAAUCCUCCAAAAUUAUCAGAAAAAUACAGCAGGGAACUACAGACAUUGUAUGAAAGCAUGUUAGAUAAAGAUCCAGCCAAACGACCAAGUGCAAGUGAAGUUCUUAGAAAUGAAUACAUUGCACAGAAUUUAGCGAAACUAAAGCAUCAAAUGGAUGAUAAACUUAACUUUUCUAUAGGAUCAGGUAAACAAGGUAAUUCAAGACAACUAAUUGAACCUCGAGGUGGCAGCUUGUAUCAAGAACCAGAAGGAAGACCUCUUACUCCAAUGGACAAAAUGAAACUGAGGAAACAACAAAAAGCUGAUGAGGAGGCUGAAAAAAUUAGGAGAUUUACUGCUGCCCAGAAAGCUGAAAAUCAAGAACGAUACACUUCACACAAGAAAAAUCAGAACCGUGUAUCAUUACCAUGGGUUGAGGAGCACCCGGAUGUGUUUAAUGAUGCUGCAUUCACUAUCACAGCAACUGACUCAAUGGACUUCACUCCACCCGCCGCACCCUACACAUCAGUGCCUGUUGUGUCACGUAAUAACAGGGAUGAUCAGCAGUGUGCGACAGCUGAAGCAUCGCUUAGUUUGACAGACGUGUCAGAAAUUCCUGAUGAUGCUGAGUUCGCAGAGACGUUCUACUCACAAUUUGAUGACGAGUUUGAAAACGAUGAAAGUGAAGAUGAACUGGACGAUGAAGAUGACUUCAGUGCCCUGAUGGGUCAAAUGCAGGACGCGUUAGAUCAGACAGCGUCAGGUGACCAAACACUAGGUGAUGCUGACUUACCGAGUGAAGGACUUACAGACACAUGGAGACACAAGAGAAUUCAAGGACUCAGAGCCGAGUGUGAGAAGUUACUUGGUGGUGAAGCAUUUCGUCGAGUGUAUUCUUACCUCAAACAAGUUCGCUUUGGAGACGAGCUGAGAAAUGAAGACUCCAUACUGGACGGACUGGCGAAAAUUGUAGAUAAACCAGGAGACUGCUUUAUUGUGGAUCAGUUGCUUUUUAUGGAAAAACAAGCCGAGAUUGCUGCCAUGACGUAAUUCUAGUUUGAAUGUAGUUUUAAGAAGUAAUGUAAAUAUGAAUGUCAAUGUGUAAAAUGUAGCUUCAUAAGUUAAGAUUGCAAGGAGCCCAUUUUCCCGCCAACGGCACUCGCUCGUUAAUUGUGCGUUUAGCUCGUUCAAAUUGUAGCAGAGGUACAGACUGCUCGCGACGGAAAAGUCAAUUGUUAUUUUUGUAUUAGAGUGAAUUUGACUUGCGACUUUGAAAUUAGAAGAAACCCGGGAGCAAAAAGAAACAAAUUUCUGGUUUUGCUCUCAGUAUGAAACAAAAGUGUCGAGAAGUGCUAGGCAUUGGUGUAUUAGGAGUAUUUUUGAUAAGUUAUCAUGUUCCACUGAAACCUAACCUUAUUUCCGCGCAACAACUCUCUCUCUCAAACAGUCACGUCUGACGCACGUCAUUAAGGAUUGCGUUACAAGCAAUUAGGGACUGACCGUUAUAUUUUGAGGGGGAGUGGGGUUGGGCAGUUUUCUGGGGCAUGAGUUGUGAGUUCAUAUGUGCUAAAUCAUUAUUUGGCUGUGUGACUGCGCGAUGCCGUCCACAUUUCACCCUUGGUCAUCAGAGUCUCCAGCAGCUCAGUGGUUAGAGCAUCCGCCUAGAUCACAGAGGGUUCAAAUCCCAUCUGUAACUCGGUUUUUUUUCUGAGUUGAUGCUAUUUCUGCGUGAAAUUUUGCAAUAGUUUGGGCAAGAAUUUUGUUAACAUCGGAAGUCAAAAUAAUGAUAUUAGAAAGCACUUCCUCGAUUUUUAUCCCAUGGCUCCCCUUGCACUUUUUUUUAGCUGUUUUUGUUGUCCCGGAAUGUUUUUGCAAAUUACUCACCCCCC